AUAGUUGAAUGUUGAAACCAAUAUGGACAUUUUAGCUAUCGAAUGAUCUAGUAGGGUUUUCAUUAUUCAGCCAUAUCGAUUCCUAGAACUAGAACGUUAUCGUCUUUUAUCUUUCUCUAAGCAUUGUGAAGUAUUGCGUCGUUAGUAUAGUAAGUCCUUCGUCUUCGUCUUCGUCGUACCCUGCUCUCGUUCUGCUCUCCCAAUUAUUUCGCUUCGCAUUCUUUCGCGUGCGUGUGCUUCGUGAAGUCCGUAUUUGCUUGAUAGUGUUGUAAUCGAAUUCGGUAUUAUAUUAUUCUAAACGUGUUCGUAUAUGCAUUUAGCUAUUUUCUUUUCGAUUUUUGGAACUUGAAACGAGUAUUUAUUUACAUUUCGUGUAUUUUACGUAAUUAAAUUACUUAUUAAUUGCAUCGUUUCAACUUCGACGCCGAAUUACCAUCGACCAUUAGAUGAAGAGUCGUUCUCGUUCAAGUUUGCAUUAUUGAUGUGCUGUUGGGAAUUUUUCAAAGCUGAUUCUACGAAUUGGCCAUCAUCGUUAAAACCUCGGAUUCUGCAGUAAAGCUGAAAAUGCCCAAAGUGAACAACCCCAGCGUCGCCAAAAGUUUGGUCUUAUACGAGGAUCCAGCCACUUUGCAACAACUCAGCGCCGUCAUCGUAUCCGCUGAGCUUUGGCGAACGCAAAUCGUAUCAGAUGAAGCUGUCGUUCGUCCUUUGAAGAAAGCCCUGCCAUCUGUGACGACCUGUAUACCUGGCGUAAAAACUAAAUACAAAGAAAUCAUCGACAAAUACGUCCAGCCAGUUCGACAAAGUUUAACCGACUGGCUGCCUUUGCACUUUCCGCGAGCUUUUCUCGCUCACGAAUACGAAUACAACGUUUUAAAGAAAUACUUCGAUCUGAUUUCUUGGCAGUCUGAUGGCUCCAUUCAUUACGAACGAACAGCCAAAGCGUUCAUCGAGUGUCAGCGUCCUGAGCUGAGCAUUAUGUGUAAAUACAAGUUAGCUUGUAUGUAUUGUUUCGAAGAAGAUAUUCAAGAGCUGUAUCCCAAGUUACCGAAAAUCUACCACGAACUCAAGACCGUUUUCUACAUAAGUAAUAAAUUCUUACGGUAUUGGGAUUGUCGUAUGGCUAACUCGCAACUGCAGACUGGAGGUUCCAUGGAGAUCGAGCUGUUCAAGAAACUAAAUCCGAAAACUUGGUCUGCCUGGUUAUAUUGCUGGACGCGUUUAUCCAACAAGGCGCAUAAAAUCGAGCAAAUCGUAGACCUGAUGGAGAUAAAAUACAGUAGAAGUUUGCAUCCCUACGUGAGAUUUUUACUGCCCAUGUUGAAUAACAGCCAAUUGAUGACGGUGCUGAAACGUUGUGGUAAGCAUUUAUUCAGCAUCUUGGCUCGUACACCGGAUAGUGUGAAAUUCGCGUUGCAGACUUGGCAUUACUUGAAGGAUUUCGUACCUGGGAGUAUUUACGUGAAGAUAUUCGAGAAUAUUCUAACCUCGGAUUUGGACCUAAACGCGAUUCAAGCGGUAUCGGCCACCGAAACCUUUAAAUCGUCUUAUUUCCUCAACCUCGAUAACUUGGCGAACGUGAAUGUGUCUUCUCUUCUGUACGAAAUUUGGCUCGAUAGUCCGGAUCGUUUGAAGAACCAUUUGAUCGUCGAAAACAGCGCCAAAGAUACGAUACUCGAAAUGUUGACCGAUAUGGAUAACAUGUUUACUAUCGGUACAACGUCUCGUGAUUUACGCCUUAUGCUCGAUUUACUCUCACGUAGAAGUUAUCUCGAAAAUGGACCAUUUUGGCGUAAGAAUUGGGAUCACGUGAUCAAAGGAGCGAAACUGACUGACGUAGAUGAAGCGAUGAAAUUAUGCUUCAAGAACGAUAAAGAAAUCGCCAAGUUCAAGCAAACUCAAAUGAUCUCCCAAUCGAAAAUCUCCUUUUACUGCAACGCGUUAGCCUAUCAAGGAUGUUUCGACAUGUUGAACGAUUAUUUCACCUUCUGUACGUCUGAUCGAACCGUCUUAGCCGAGUUGAAGAGAAAUAUCGUACGAGAUAAUAAAACGAUGAUAAAAUUUCUCCUAUCUUGCUGUCACGAUGCGGAUAAAAUGCGAGCUUUCGACGAUUUCAUCUCCGAUUUGUACCAGACACCCGAAAGUCGACAAAAAUUGAAAUAUCAAAUGAUCACCGAUGUGAGUAGCUUCGAAUGUCUGCUACAUUGGAUACCGUACGGUGCUCUGAAUCAAAUCAAGAAGCUGGUUUGUUUAUUUUUAACUAGCGAAACCCAAGUGCAAAUUGUCAAGGAGAAUUUGCUCGAACGUUGUCGCAGUGUUUUGAGCAAAGGUGGAUUUUCUUCGUUCAACCAGCGAAAUUGGAACGAAUUUUUAUUAUGGUGUUUGAACGAUGAUCAAAAACAGCUCGCGAUGUUCAAACAGUCGUUACCUGUUAAGGAUAUUUUUCGUGCUGUGUUCCUGAAAUGUGUGAAAAAGAUAGAUUCCUGUUUGAGUGAUGUUGUGUUUUCACGACUUGAUUGCAUCGAUGUGAUCGAUAAACUUGGGAAAAAACGAUCCUCGGGUGAUUCGAAGAAGAAACAGUCCGCAGAUGAUUCGAAGGAGGAACAAUCCGCAGACGAUUCGAAUAAAGACAGGGCAACUGAUGCUGAUACCGAUGUUGCUCGCCAAGCUGCAGACGAUGAUUUGGAAAAAGAUUGGAGCGAGAUCAUUCUAGACAAAUAUGGUUUUGUCGAUGAUGUUAUCGAUGAUUUUCAGAAAUUGGGUAAUUUCUUAUUGUGGUAUUUCAACGAUAAAUCCAAAGCUGACGAGUUCAAGGCGACCAGAUUCAAGAAACGAAAUGUUGUACGCAAGGUGUCCGAUUUCAAAAACGAUGGCCUUAUGUUGGUCGUACUUCAUUGGGUUUUUAAUCGAAAUUUAGCACAGAUCGAUGCUUUUGAAGUACCGGUUUAAUUUAAUUUUAUAAAUUUUUUUAUACUAUUCAUUACUCUUGAGAUCAUGAGGUGUCGAUUAGAAUGGUCCUGUUUGAUGAAUCAGUCCUCGGGUUCAUUUUUUGGAUUCAAAAGUCUAUUGCGUGAUCUCGAAAUCUCGGAAGAAAAUGAGGUGUAGAUUUUCAUCUUUAUUGAAGAAGAAAAAAAAUACAUUCUGCUAGUUAAAAGUAUUUGUUGAAAAUUUUGUUUCCGUUUUUCGAUCAAUUUACUUAAUCUUUUUGAGAUGCUCUAUUAUAUUUUUUUGAUAGAUUAUUUUCUUUUUAAUAAAUGCCUACCUGAAAACAGAAUUGCCGGUGGUUAUUUUUUAAUUUGCUAAUCACAUUUUUGAAAUGGUUUACGAGUUUGAAAUUUGUUUUCUUUGGAAGAUUCCUACUUAUUUUACGUUGUUAUUUUGCUCAUAAUUAUUCCAUUAAAAUGUAGAUGUUUGUUUUCAAAACGAAGUGAUAAUUGAAUAUGAAUAUAUUUUUGUAAAAUA